CACACUACACCUGCCUCUGGCUCUGCAGGGAGAGAAGGGAAGAAGAAAAAGAAAAGAAAGACGAUUAAAGAGAAAAAUAAACCCACCUGUGAGCAAAAGAAAAGAGGACAUCCAAGCACACCUUCCCAUUCUGAUGACUCGGAUACCGUGAUGUCAUUGAGGAAGAUUUUCAGUCACCGUAAUGACCACUAGGGAGCAGUCUGUCCCUAUCCAUGGUGCUGAAAAGGACAGGGACAUCGUUUCUAAAAAAUAAAUAAAUAAAUACAUACAGACAUACAUUUUAAGUAACCUAAUAACAAUCUGGGUCUGUAUUUCAGCAUAGGAUCUACUCUCUAGUCCUAAUCCUUCAUCCUUGCGCAGAUCAACAGCUGUUCGGCUUGGAAAGUGAAAACCAACGCGACCCAGCUCAGCAGCUUCUUGUACACGGUGAGAUCAGAUCAGGUCAGAUCAGAUCGCCCUGGUUUGUGACUCCAGCUCAUUUGUUAAAUGAAUGUCGGAUGUUGGACAGCAUGGCAGAGAGCAAAGUGAUCUUCCAUGCCCAGGAGGUGAUGGAGGAGGGAGCCGUCCUGCGCCUUUCAUCCGCCUGAUCGACACAUGUUGUGCGUCCAUGGAUACCUGCACCGUCGCCCAACAGGUAGAGAGCGUCGAGCGGAACAUCGCAUUCUUGCAAAAAGAGCAUCAGGUCCUGCUGACCGGCCUGCGCCUGGAGAUCCGUCACCUGAAGAAGAGAUGUAAUGAUCUGAGCUGUGAACUGAGCAAAAGCUCUCCCGAGAGAAGCAGAGAAGAUAUAGCAGCUGAGGAGGAGUUUCUGCAGGCUCGCUUAUUGCAGACGGAACAUAACCUGGCUGAACAGGAGUGCUCGCAGCGGGAGCUAAAAGCCAAGCUCCGGCACAAGGGGGCGCAAGCGAGCGCUCUGCAGGUGCGGCUGCGCGAUGAGGAGCGACGCUUUUUGGAGGAGCUGAAGCGGCGCAGUCAUAAGAUCACGGCGCUUAGCCGCGAUCUCCACAAGCAGACCGACAUCGCUGCCCAGCUCACUUUCCAACUACACUCGGCACGCUUCCGCCUUUACCAUCAGGCAGAGGAAGAAGAUGACGAGGAGGAAGGUGAAAGAGACAAGAAGGGUCCAGGCUGUUUGUCAAGCUCUCCACAGGUCUCAACAUCCAGAGCUGAAGCCAGACAUCGUAGCCACUGUUCAGCACGAUUGCGAAGGUCAGAACGAGUGAGGGAAUGUGUGCCACAGGAACGCAUACUGGGGCCGGAGAAGCCCCGCCCAAUGCCUGACCCCACCCUCUUCCUGUAUCCCUUCACACAAAGGCUUCUCCCUCUGCACAUAUCACUGGGAGGGCACUGUGGAGAGGGGGAUUCACAAAGGCGGAUGGGUAGAUUACGGACCCGAGCAAUGAGAGAGGACACCGGACCAGAGACUACAGAUUUAUAGUGCGACAGUGGGAUAGAGACUGAUUAGUUGCACUUUAGUUCACUUGUAUAGUCUAUAGCAUUUCUUACUGCAUCUUUACUACUCAUCUGAGCAGUGACGGCUCGUCCAGGUUUGGGCAGGUAUGGCUGAGCUUCAC